ACUGUGCCUGUGAGUUAUUUCGGACGCGGAACAAGCCGUGCGCAACCAAAACCGUAUAUUAUUUGACAAAUGAAAAAAGUGUCACAGUGGGUGGGAUAAUAUGGGAUUGGUGAUUUUCUAAUUUUUAGGUUAGGGAACUAUGAAUUAUUAUAAUUAAACCAGGAUAAACUUUACUAUAAUGAAAUAUCACAACAAAAUGGAAUGGGCGCUUAUUUCCAUUACAUCCGUGCUGUGUACUUUGAUGGUGAUAAAAUUUCUGUACAAUCUGCGAACGGCAUUGCCAUGGCGUGUAAAUUGUUGGUUCUGUAAUUCCAAUUUUUGGAUCAAAUUUAUCAACCGAAAUUGUUGGACAUGUCCUGGCUGCGAACAAUACAAUGGUUUCACUAAGGAUGGUGAUUAUAACAAAGUAUUAAUAACAAAUAACGAGUACACUAAGAUAGCAAAUGUAUUUCAAAGAAGUCCACCUAAAAAUGGGCUGUGCAAGAUGUGCAACAUCAAUCAGCAGUUAAAGGUCACACAAAUGGCCAAUUUUAUUCCUAUGAGUGAGAAUAAUUUUGAUCAAGAAAUUGGAUCGUACAAAGCACAAUUAGAAAAAGCAUACAAAUUAUGUAGUCCAUGUAAAAAGGUUCUACAAGUAAAAUUGCACAAAGAAAAAGAAUCUUUACUUGGUUCCAAAUUACUUGAGACAAGAACACCUGAGAAGAAGAAUGUUAAAAAGGACAAACGAAAGAGAACUAUACAGAAGAUUAUCAAUAAUAUAUCUAAGAUAUUCACUGGCAUACUUUUAGUACUGGUGACAGUUGAACUACAUGAUAGUUUAAUGAAACACAAGAAUUUAUACAAGACCAUGUAUAAUAUUAAAAAUAUUUUGUACAAUAUAUUAGAAAGAAUUUUUUCAAUAGUUAAGAUGAAGACAUUUAUGACAUUCCCGUUCUUAGAGGACUAUCUACAUGAUAUAAGUAGUAAAUUAAACAUAGAAUUGAUAAGCAUAAAUGCUGACAUUUUAGAUUGGACACAAAAAGCUUUAGGAGGCUUUGCUGCAAGCCUGCAAAUUAUAGGACAUAUUUGUAAUUUAAAAAAAAAUAAUUUUUCCCUCUUCAUUGACUUAAUGUGGAUGGUAUUUGUGGUAACUUCAAUGAUACAUGGGGUCACCCAUGCAAAUCCUUUAUUAGUUACCUCUGUUAAAGAGUUUAUUAUACUGGCAUUGUUCCUUUUGUAUAGAAGAAUGGAAAAUGAAGCUGCUACCACUGUACGGAAAGUAAGCACACCAAAGAAAAAUAAGAACUUUGCUAAUGGUUCAGUAACAAUGCAGCACAGUGACGAUGUUUCUUAUGAAACUGACAAUGAUGUCUCAUUAAGUCAAUUUGGAUUAUAUAACCACAGUAGCUCAUCUAGCGAGAGUUUUAACCAUUUAAAUAACAGUUAUGUUAAUGGUAGAUCAUUUACCCCUCGUAGUGACAUUUUAUGGAGCAAGCCCAAACACAAUUCUUCAUUCAGUAUUAAUAGCAUGGUUACCAAAAGCCCUUCUAUAUCUGAAUCAGUAUUUGCCAGACCAGCAUACCUUCAAACAUCAUUCAAUAAAUAUCAGAAUUUGGUAAAAGAUGACUCAGAUUCAGAUCUAGAUGAAAGUAUAGGCUCAUUAUGUAUAAGUAGCCCAAAAAAGAAGUCUUCAAAAAUAAAUCCUGUUUUCGCCUUACGUAAAUUUACAGCAUCUCCUAAUUUUGUAACUCCUAUGCCAGUUAAUCGUAAUAGACCUCUCAUAUCUCCAAGUAAACUGGGCUACAGUACAUCAUGGGUUGCAGGAGGUUAUUGGGGCACUGAUGGUGAACGAAAUAUAUUUCCUGUGAAUGGUAGCCGUUCUUCAAGUCAAAGCUCAGGUUUCGAGUCCCAGACAUCAAGUCAAAACUAUAGAAAUAUGUUCUCACAGCCCCCUUCACGGGAGGAGUCCAUUUGUAGGGACACAGAUAAAACAGUGCUGGAUAGAUUUCAGAACUGCAAUAUUAUGAAUUAUCCCCAGAAACCAAUCCAGCCUUCCAUGCAAGGCUUCACACCACUGCAACCUCCAGUAUUUCCUCAAAUGCAGUAUAAUAACCAUGUGAGGAUACCACAGCCUCGCUUGGCUCAGCAGACAUUUGUCUCCCAAAAUGUUUACUCGCAGCAUGAUAUGUUCAAAUCUCCUGGCAGGUCCGGACUGAUCAAAUUGCCUUCUGACAAUUCUUUCACGUCUAGCUAACGCUCAAUCACUAGUCACUUUGACCCCUUCACUAACAAUGUUUUCCAUUUUUCUUUCUAAGAAUGUGUUUUUUUAAGUCCAUUGACUGCCAUUAAAUUAAGAAAUGUUAAAUUAUCAUUCAUUAGGGUAAGUGUUCAUAUGUUAAGUUAGGUUGUAAGUGAAACAUGCUGAUCUCGUGUUGGUUGCCAGGUGUUGGCUAUAUGAAAGCAUGAAGAAUUAUUUAUUACAAUUUUUAUAUGGACGUCACUGUCCUUUUGAACAAAAUGUGAUAUGUAAAGACUAAUAAUUUUUAGAAGUAAAGAAAAUGAUUCUUGAUGUUAUCAUUGUUUUGGUUUCGUCAUCUUAAAACGAAAUGUUUUUGUGAAGCUCCUGUAAUAAAGAAGUGAACAAAU